GUUGGUGGGGAGCAAGGUUGAUUUUGCAUUAUCAGAGAAGUGCACUGACUCAGCAGAGACACAAUCACUAAGAAUUGUGCAAGCUGUGACAAAGUCAGGCAGUGCAGCUCUGUGGAGGCGGUAACAUGUAGUUUGGAGAUCUAGAGAAAAACAGACACCCCGACAAGGCAGGCAGGGCAUUAUGUUUGAGUUAAUUCACGGCAAUGGAUAUUAAAAAUCAGAGAUGAUGUUGGCCAGGAGAGGGAUGGCAUCGCCAAAGUUUUGUAAAUUCUUUAUGCCUCUGAGCCUGGUGGGGCUGCUCUUCCUUUAUCUCAGCAUUAGAUUACCAGAUGACCACCUGAGGAAGUGUAGCAUGAAUGGAGGACCAUGUCUGGAGCAUCACAGAUCAGUGGAGAGCAUUAAAAAUGAGAUAGAUGCCAUAAAUGGAGACACUCAAAGUCUUGAACGCAUCACCACAGAGUUCAGCAAGCAUUGCAGUGGCCAGGACUUUCAAAUUUCUCGGGUGCUUGUCUCUUUUAAUUCAGCCGUGACCAAAGAUGAGGAGAUCUUAUUGGAGCAGUACUUGGUGGGCUGGGAUGAGCUUAUCAAGUUCAUGGAAGCCCUGGGGACAGUGUUUAGUUUCAUCUCUCAAGAAGUCAAAGGAAAGAUUGGCAUCCUACGUGAGCUGCAGAGCACAGCGAGAGGAAAUGAGUACUAUUCUGUCCGUUCCAUGAUGGACCAUGAGCUGCGGCACAACCUAGUGAACUUUCACAAACAGACCAAUUCAGGUUGCCGCACUCUGCUACGGCUCCACCGUGCUCUCAAGUGGCUGGAAUUGUUCCUGCAUAAGCUAGGGAUGAGCUCAGAUGAGAGCAAUACAUCUGACUUGUGCCAGGAGGCCUAUGAUGAAGCCCUAGCCCCUUACCACAGUUGGAUUGUGCGGCAAGCUGCAUCUAUGGCUUUCUUGGCAUUGCCUGGGAGGAAGGUCUUUUUUGAUAUUGUCUGCAUUGAACAUGAAGGUGAGGCCCAACUGGUCCUAGAGAGGACAGUUCGCUCUAUCGUCCAUGUGUACAAUAUCACGCAGGAGGCCUACCAUUCUCGGGGUAUGCUAUACCUGCCUUAGAGACUGUCAGAGAUUCCAUGGAGGAUAAAGUUAGUCCAUCACUCAAAGGCCUCAGAAAAGGCAAUGUUUUCCAUAACCUUUGCUCUCCAUAACAUUCCAACAUUAGCCGAUUCAAUAAGAACUGAAAAACGACAAAGGAGCCAUCAUCUUCUCUCUAUGGUUAAAACAGUGAGGACACAGACUAAAGGAACCCCAGUGCUUACCUUUAGCUGAUAUUUAUCAAUUACUGGAUGUGCUAAUUUGACUACUACAUGUUCAUGAAAUUAACAACCAAUAUUCCACCCCCUUGCACCCACCAAGAGGCAGAGCCAUCCUCCCACUCCUUUAUCUCUUUAACAUGAGAGCAAGUGUGUCUGCCACAAGUCUCUAAAAAUAGCAAAGAGAAAAAAAUCAAGUAUUGGCAUUGAUAAUAAGACUACUGAUACACCUCUAAUAACAAUGUAGAGUCAGUUGUGUGUCUAAAUAUAAAAUACAACACUCCCCCCACCCCCCAUCACUAGAAAUAACACAGGCAGCCAGCCUUUAUCCUUUCACAUCCCAGAAAAUGACAUGGAACUAACAGCCACCCCCACACAUCCCUAAAAAUAACAGCCAACAUCCAGCUGUUAACAUCCUAAAGGAGUCAAGCCUUUCAUACCCAUCAAAUGUUGGAGACUCACAUCUGGCAAUUUGGCCCACUGCUGAAGAACUGUAAACCACAAAUAUGCCAGUUCAAACUCCCACAUUGUAUUCAAUAAACCAGGACUAUUUUAACUGUUUUUCAAACAUAGCCACUUGUAGUGAUGUAGUAAUGGUGGCUCUGAGGUAGGGAUCUGCACUGGCAAUCAGAAGGUUGCCAGUUGGAAUCCCGUAAAUGUCAAAAGGGACUCUGCUCUGUUGGGACCCU